AUGGUGGGUUUAAUGAAGAAAAUAACAUUCAAGGUGACUUGCAGUUUGCUUUUUGGACUUCCAGAAGGGCAGGAGAAAGAUGCAUUGCUUGAAGAUUUUGCCAUUGCAACCAAGGGUCUGUGGGCAAUUCCAUUGAACAUUCCAGGGACCAUCUUUUACAAAGCCAUGCAGGCACGUGGCAGGAUAUCAAAGAUCUUCAUAAAUCUCAUGCAAAAUCGACGAGUAGAGGAAGACAAAAAUAACCCCCAGAAGAAUGACAUCAUCUCAGUCUUCCUCCAUCUGAGAGAUGAAGCUGGCGAGCCCCUGCAAGUGGAGGAGAUUCUUGAUAAUCUCAUCACUCUCAUAGUUGCUAGCCAUGACACCACCGCAAUUCUCCUCGGCCUCAUUUUAAGACAUCUUUCUACGGACGCCAAGACUUUUGGUGAGGUGCUUGAAGAGCAAAAGGAAGUAGUAAAGGCUGUGGAAGCAAGUGGUGAUGAGGGAAGGCUUACAUGGAGUGAAAUCCAAAUGAUGAAGCAUACAUGGAGAGUGGCCCAAGAGCUUAUGAGAUUGACUCCUCCAGUUUUUGGCAACUUCAAAUGUGCUUCUAGAGACACUACUUUUGACGGCUUUCACAUCCCCAAGGGAUGGAAGGUUUUCUGGGUGUCUUCUGCUACACACAUGGACCACAACUUAUUUGAAGAUCCAAACAAGUUUGAUCCAUCGCGGUUUGAGAGCUCAAAUAAAUCAUCAUAUCCCCCAUACACAUACAUUCCAUUUGGAGCAGGCCCUAGAAUAUGCCCCGGCUUAGAAUUUGCCAGAGUUGAAGUGCUGCUCAUCAUUCACCGUUUCAUUACAAAUUAUACUUGGACACCAAUCAUCAAGAACGAGCCCAUAAGACGUGAACCCAUGCCAUAUCCAGCAAUGGGCCUUCCAGUUAAGCUUCAUAACUAUCUGUAA